CGCUCCCGCAUCCCGGCCCCUGCACGCCCCGCAGCCGCCGCACGCCCCGCCGGCCGGAACAUGGACUCCGACUCGUGCGCCGCCGCCUUCCACGCGGAGGAGUACUCCCCAAGCUGCAAGCGGCGCAGGACCGUGGAGGACUUCAACAAGUUCUGCACCUUCGUCCUGGCCUAUGCCGGCUACAUCCCGUACCCGAAGGAGGAACUCCCCCUGAGGAGCAGCCCCAGCCCUGCCAACAGCACUGCGGGCACCGUGGACAGCGAUGGCUGGGACGCUGGCUUCACGGACCUUGCGGGCCCCGUGGCGUUGCCCGUCUCUGACCGCUGCUUCAGCCACCUGCAGCCCACCCUCCUGCAGCGAGCCAAGCCCAGCAACUUUUUGCUGGACAGAAAGAAAACGGACAAGCUGAAGAAGAAGAAGAAGAGGAAGCGAAGGGACAGCGGCGAGCCCGUGACGGAGAGCUACCGGAGCAGCUUGAUGAAGCUCGAGGCCCCCGACGCGUUUGUGGAGCCCCCCACGAGCCCCACGCUGCAGGACAUCCCCCAGGCCCCUAGCGACCCCUGCUCCGGCUGGGACUCUGACACUCCCUCGAGCGGAUCUUGUGCCACUGUGUCCCCCGAUCAGGGCAAAGAGAUGAAAAUGGAAGGCAAACGGACUAUCGUCCGGCAGGGGAAGCAGGUGGUGUUCCGAGACGAGGACAGCACCGGCAACGACGAGGACAUCAUGGUCGAUUCUGACGACGAUUCCUGGGACCUCGUCACGUGUUUCUGCAUGAAGCCAUUUGCUGGCCGCCCCAUGAUUGAGUGCAACGAGUGCCACACCUGGAUCCACCUGUCCUGUGCGAAGAUCCGCAAGUCCAACGUCCCCGAGGUGUUCGUCUGCCAGAAGUGCCGGGACUCCAAGUUCGACAUCCGCCGCUCCAGCCGCUCCCGGAUGGGCUCCCGGAAGCUGUUUCUGGACUGAGCGCCGGGCGCCUGGAGUCCCGGGAUGGCGAGCACAGAACUCUGAGCUCUGGUGCGGGCAGGUCCCCGCCACUCAGGUGCCUAAGCAAAGGGACAGGCUGUCCGGGGCCAACAGACUGUAUAGCCGGUGACCGAAUAAAGCCUUGUGCUGGCCAGAGCUGCUGCCAGACCUCUGCUCUGGGCUGUGACUGGACCCUUGGGCUGUGGGUGCGGCUCGGCCCCAUUUUGGUUGUCAUUGUCAGCAGGCGCCUGGUGCCCGCCUGCUGGGGCGAGCGUAGCUGGUUCUCUGGCAUCCACUUUGUUAGGAGAGUUGCUCCUGCCUGGCCUGGCCGGGAACAGCCAUACGUGUUGGUGUGUCCGUCUUUACCGUAAGUGUCUGGGCUGCCUCUGCCCGGCGGCUGGCCGUGAGCAAUUCUUUGGUUUCUCCUGUUUGUUCAGAAAGGGACAGGGCGGCCACGACCCUGGAAGGGGCUGCUCGGGGUCAGGUGGCCCUUGUUCAUAGCCUGGCUGCCCGUCUUGCACGGUGUGAACUCCUGUCUUUUUGCACGAUGCUGCUGUGAGUGUGUUGGCUGCUGCUUGCUGAGACAGGCAAGCUGUGUCCCAGCCUGGGAGCGCUUGUACUCGAGUCUUCCUCGCUCUGUUCGUGUCAGGCAAUCUUUGGGGAAGUGUGGAGGGUGGCCCCCGGGUGGUUCUUCACGGCCCUCAGGCUGGCAGGAUGGUUUGUGGAGUGCUCUGGCUUUAGAAUCGGUGCAGAGUAUGUUGGCGUUGGCCUGCAGACGCAAAGCCCUAUGGUGUUGGGGUUUCGGAGGUCCAGGUUGGAAUCCAGGCCCAGGCCCGGGAGGCCCUGGGCAUCCUCGUGGACCCCGCUGCAGGGCUGUGCCAGCCAGGCCGAGCCAGGCUUUCAGAGUUGCAAUUAGUGAAGUGUUUGUCCAUCUGUUUCUCCUGAGCCUCGUUGUAAGGCCCGAGAAGUAAUGCUGUGUUCUUUGUUUGCAAGGGGAAGGGUGCCAGGGCUUCCUGCCGCCUGGGGGACCCCCGGCCCACUCCUGGGCACCUGGGCUCCCUCGGGUGCUGGGGUCGCAACUAACCGGUGGAAGUUUGGG